CACUAUAAACAGUAGUACUGCUCGGCAGUGUGGCUGCACUGACAAACUAUUCAAUUUGUUUUUGUUAUUGACAAUAACACACCUAUAAUUAACAGAAUAAUAUCCAAUUGUUUGGAAGACCUCUGUAAGUGCACAUUUAUUAGUUAUAUGUUUAAUAUGUUACUAUCAAUGUAUGUUUAAUCCUUGAAACGAGACAGACUUGAUAUGAAACCAACGUGACCGGACCUGGAACCCAUUCGGAACAAGGUGUUUCGCUAAGGGAACGAUCCCCUCAUCUGAACCCACUCGUUGAGUUGUUUGUGGAUGUCCAUAGCGGCGUGCUGUGUGCCCACGGUGUUGUUGUGAAGACGGAAGUGGUAGGAGGACUUCCCUCUGGCCAAUAAUUCUUUCCUUUUUGGAAACAGUUAAAGGAAUACAGCGCCGCCUGCCCAGACAUGUCUACUGCGUACAGAAACAGGAUACAGGAAUUCAAAGUGACCUUAAGUGAAGAGAACAUAAACUUGAAGACACUGAGGGAACUUUGCUUCAAUGGAAUCCCAUUUGAAGGAGGCAUACGAGCACUUUGCUGGAAGAUUCUUCUUAAUUAUCUACCUCUCGAUCAGACAUUAUGGGAGUCGUUCCUGAAAAAGCAGAGGGAGGUGUACUCUCAGUUCCUAAAAGAAAUGAUCAUCCAGCCUGGUAUCGCCAAAGCCAACCUGGGCCUUUCCAGAGAAGAUGUGACCAUGGAGGACCACCCUCUAAACCCAAACCCAGACAGCAGGUGGAACAACUACUUCAAAGAUAAUGAGAUUCUGCUACAAAUUGACAAGGAUGUCAGGCGGCUUUACCCAGACAUGGCAUUCUUCCAGCGUCCUACAGAAUACCCUUGCCAACUCAUCCUGGAUCCUCAGAAUGAUUAUGAGACGCUGCGUCGACGGGUCGAACAAACCACCCUGAAAGCACAAACUGUAAACCGCAACCGCAGCGGAGUCACCAAUGUCAGCUCCCCUGGAAAGGCCCUGAACCUGUAUCCCUCUAACGAAUACGAGGUGCUGCCCAGUGGGAGCGAAGCACACUGGGAAGUGGUGGAGCGGAUCCUCUUCAUCUAUGCCAAACUCAACCCUGGCAUUGCCUACGUACAGGGCAUGAAUGAGAUUGUUGGGCCAAUUUACUACACCUUCGCCACGGACCCCAACAGCCAGUGGAAAGAGCAUGCUGAAGCAGACACAUUCUUCUGUUUCACCAACCUGAUGUCGGAGAACAGAGACAACUUCAUCAAGAGCCUGGACGACUCUCAGUGCGGCAUCACCUACAAGAUGGAGAGUGUGUACUCCAUGCUCAAAGACAAAGACCUGGAGCUCUAUCUCAAGCUGGAAGAGCAAAACAUCAAACCCCAGUACUUCACAUUCCGCUGGCUGACCUUGUUGUUAUCGCAGGAGUUCCUCUUGCCAGACGUCAUCCGCAUCUGGGACACUCUGUUUUCUGACCAGGACCGAUUCCACUUCCUCAUCCUGGUCUGCUGCGCCAUGCUCAUACUCAUCCGAGAUAACUUGCUGGCAGGAGACUUCACGGUGAAUAUGAGAUUACUGCAGGAUUACCCGAUCUCAGAUGUCCACACCAUCCUGAUCAAGGCCAAAGAGCUGCGGGAUAACUCCUAACCUGUUCCCUCUUUUCCUCCUGCCCUCCCUGCUCACAUGUGGUAGGUGGGGGUUUAAACAUUUGAAAAACAUUCUCAUGUCAAACAUGUAUCAUGGGAGGACUGGAUGAAUGAAGAGCCUGGACACUUGUUAGGGGAAAACUCCAGCGUACUGCUUUUUUUUUUUAACUCGAUGUCCAAUGUUUGGUCAGUGGGGACUGCCAUGAAAACCUUUGAGGACACGCUGAAACUAUUCCUUCCUGGAAGUGAGGAGGAGAUGCCACUUGCUCCUCGAUGCAUUAUGGGAAAAGGCUCCUCUCACAGCCAUCUCUCCCAUGGAGACUUGUUGUGCUCAGAUAAUUAUGUUUGCGCUGAACAUCUGAGGGAGAGGGAGCCACAUAAGUCCUACACUACCAAUCUUAGUUUGUCAUGAAAACAUACCAGAAAUGUUUUGCAAUGUAGAGCUAAGAAUUUAACAAGAAUCCCACUGCGACCACAUAUUUAGUCAGAUUGAACAAACAUUUUAAUUGGGUUGAGCAAUAGUGCAUGUUUAUUCUUUAUGGGGUUUUUUUAGAAGUUGAACAUUUUUAAUGUAAGAAACAUGUAUGCCUUAUCUGUUUAAUGAUGUGAAACAGGAGACAGUAUUUCUGGGUAUAUUUGCUGUCUGGGUAAAAUAAAUAUGAAGUGAUGGGCCUUGCCUAUUGAAUAUUGUAUUAGUGAGCUUCUGAAAAUCCUUAUUCCAUGUGCAUUAUGUCUCCUGUUUCCUUUAUAAAGUCAUAUUACUUUGACCAGACAAAAUACUGCAAGAAGGACAACAACCAUCAGAGGACAUUGUGCUGCUUUUCACACUGAACAUUAUUGGCUGAGCUUUUUCUUCAGCCUGGAUCUACAUGUAUCUCUAUAGCAGUUCCAUACAGCACUUUAUACCACAGUGAGUCAUUCAUUGUGACUGAGGAGGUGUGUGUUAUUUCAGAUAAUGCAUGGUAAGAAAGGUUACCAUUCUGAACAGACAUUCGAUGACUGACAGUUUUCAACACUGUUUUACAUUUUGGUCACUAACAAAAUGUAGAGAUUGGAUAGCCAGCCUGCAGCUAGUGGUUCUUCCAUUUGGUGGAGAAGGAAAGUGUGUGUGUGUGUGUGUGUGUGUGUGUGUGUGUGUGUGUGUGUGUGUGUGUGUGUGACAAAGAUGUUGCUACCACAGAAAUGACAUUAAUGGGGAGGUAAUGAAUAUUUGAUUUCACUGGGAUUGGAAAAAGCCCAAGUUAGCUCAUUUUGUUUGCUGUCUACUGCUGUCAAAAUAAAACACACCAAACAGAGGCUAAACACUUUGAUUUCUAGUAAGUGUACGUUAUGAUGUUCGUUAUUAAAAAGUUCAACACCUAGAGAGCACCCAGAUCCUUGUGUUGUGUCAACACAACUUCCAUUAAUUGACACUGUAUAUCGUGACUCAGACAGAGCAUAAUUAAUACUCAUUAGUUAGCAUUAUGCUGGCUACAAACAGCUGAUUAGCAUCACAUCAGCUGCUAACAGCUAGUUAGCAUUAUGUCAGUUAAACAGCUAGCAUGACUUUGUACAGAAGUAAAAUUCAUGUAAAUAUGUCAAAGAAAAUACAAUGGACUGCUUUUGGGUUCAGCUGUUGUAACGGUCAACUAUCUUCUUGCUUCUCUUACUGUUGGCCAGCAGAAUUUGAUGGAACAUCAAUGAAAAGAAAGCAUUAACGUAAAGUGUUAAAAGCUUCAUAACUUGAUGAUUAGCAUUAAACCUCUUCCCACUCUUUAUUCUUUCCCUUUUAUCUGUUAGCCUGCCUAGCAAUAGCGUGGAGUAUAAGAGUGGAGUGAUAAUAUUGCAGUGGUUUUAAACUCAAAUCCCAUUUCACACUUGAUGCAGGCCUGCAAUUGAUUGGUUUUUAAGGAAAUAAAGCCCUUGUUGGAGUUAAAAGCUAAGCUAGCCGAGGCUAAAUGGUGUAGAUUAACCUUUGGUUAAGCCUUUUUAAUGUUCAGUGCAAACUACAGCACAGCUUCACAGAGAGUGUUGAUUCCUAUCUUUAAUUAUUUUAUAUUGUGUUGUGCACAUACCAUAUGAUCUGUGCAGCAGGUCGAUUCAUUUGAAUGUAAAUGUGUAUCUGCAAACGUAAAUGUACCCCUACCGUAAUAUCCAGUCAAUAGCUUGUAACACGUUAAUCUUGUUAAUGAGUGGGGAAACAAGAAGUCAUCUCUGUUUUAAAGCUCAGAAUAUGUUGAUGAGACUUUGGCUCAUUGAAUUAUUUAAUGCAUACUCAUAUGAAGGCACUCAGAUAGUGAUGAAACGCUUCUCCACGUUCAUUUUGGGAAGGAUGAAACUGAAAUUUUAAUAUAUCUUUUGUGAAUCGGACCUUGAGACGGGGCAGAGAGCGGUUGCAAGUGAUGCUUAAUUCAUGCUGCAAUCAGCAGCCUCAAUCCGUUGGGAGUUCACCCUUCAGUGUCAUUGUGUCAAAUAUGACCCUUCAGAUACUUGCCCAGAAUGGUAACAGACACCAUUUCCAUGGCAACGGCAGUAUUUCUCUGAUGUAUAAUUUUUUAAAAUGUUUUUAUAGACCCUUCUUAGAAAUCGGACAGGGCAUUAAAACAAAUUUUUUUCUGCUUCCGAAGAUCAAAUCAAAUCUUACUUGACCAUCGUGGUUAAAACACACUAUUGAAAUGUAGUCUUUAAUAUUGCAGAGGGUUGUGUGUGGAAGCUCUGUUUACUUUUAGUAACUGUAUGAAACGAUAGUCCUUUUAAAAAUGUGUUAAGCUACUCAAGGACACAUUUAUCUGUGAACUGAGAACUGGAAAGGAUAUUCUUCUGAAUCGUGUCAAGUUAAACAACAGAUCAGAAUUGGUCUGUUGCCAAAAUUAGCCAUCAUUCGUUCUCCUUUAUGGUAUUUGAGUCAUUUGUUCUAAGCUGUUAAAUAAAUCUCAUCACUAUUUGCUUUUGAAUCCAAAACCAGUCAAUCUGUGUCAGUGGGUCAUCUCUUAGCAACACCUGGGUAACAGGUUUUUAGUGUUAUUUUAUUAUGUAAAAAGAUAAAUGAGAUUUUAUCCACCCGUCCUUGUAAAUCAUCCAAGAGACUCUGCAGGGUCAGCAAAUAAUAUACCAUGCCAUGUUAAUAUUCAGCUCCUCACCCUUUUGGAUUUUGUACCCAAAUUACACCAUCAAAACAACCUGAGCUUAAUAAACCAAUAACACGAAGAAAGCUCUUAUUAUAAUGGAAAAUGAAAGAAUAAGUCUAUUUUUCUUACUGCCACCAAAUUCCAAAAAAGACCAAAGCCAACAAUGUGUUUCUGACUUCUUUAUCCUCUCUGCUUAUUGGUCCCUAGUGAAAAAUUCUCGCAAAUAUAUAAUUUAUUCUUUUGAAAGCCUUAGUGAUUUCCAAACACAGCUGGGCAUUGUAGUUUUUUUUUUUUUUUUUAGUAAACUGUACACAAACACAAAAUGUUGUAUUUGUUGGGAACUAUUUUCAGUGGCAGAUUAAGACUGAGUGGUGCUUUGGUACUGACUACAAAUAAACUACAUUGGCAGGGCUCAGAGCGCCUGCCCCACGUAAGGAGCCCUUACCGCAGUGGCCCAGGCUCAAUUCCAACCUUUGCUGCAUGUCGUCCCCCCUCUCUCACUCCUGCCUUUCCUAUCUUCACCUGUCCUGUCAAAAUAAAGGCAUAAGAAGCCUUGAAGUAAAAAAAAUAAAAGAACUCAUUAUAGCUGCCUUUUGAAACAAGUAAAGGAGUAAAAAAUCUUUUACUUUCUGUUAUAAUAAUAAGUUAACAGAGUUAAUACCACUGAGAUAUUUGGAGCUCACAUAGUUGCUUAUUUUGGAUAAAACACUCAACCAGUCCUAAAACCAAUGCAAACAACUCCAUAAGUACAUAAAAUGAUUCUGUUUUCUGAACUUGACCUGCCUUGAAUGACCCCUAGGUUUGUGUUGCCCUGCCCCCUUAAACUGCAGUGAGACAGAUCCUCUCUUACAGACACUGGGUCUGAGAUUUGAAUACAAUAAAGCCCUUACUUCUACAAAUAAGACAUUUCCCUGCUCUGUGCAGUUCUCUUACUUGACAUUGCCUGAGAAAAAGCGGUCCUAAACAUGAACCUUUCCAAGUGUACUGGCUCGACAUUUGUAUUCAACCAUUUCUAAAUGUCCAGAUUAUUCUGUUUGGUAAGAGAGAACAGGAGAACAAGCAUCUUAAGCCCAAAACAAGACAUUUUUCACCUGAAAGGACCUUUAUCUCGUGCAAAUGUGUGGGGGUGAAUAGUUUUUUUGAGGGACUAAUUGAUAGCAUCCACAUGCUCUUCUUUUUAAUGUGUAUUUAUUUCUAUCCUGAUGGCUUUGUGUGUGUGUGUGUGUGUGUGUGUGUGUGUGUGUGUGUGUGUGUGUGUGUGUGUGUGUGUGUGUGUGUGUGUGUGUGUGUGUGUGUGUGUGUGUGUUUGGGGGGGUGAUGUUCACUAUACUCUUUAUGUCUUAUGUCAGUUAUUUGCAUGGUUCCAAUUUUGUAAGCACAUUUUUGUAAUGUCUCCAGUGUUCAGACUUGUAUAUAUGUUUUUACAUGUUUGCAGAUGUGCAUUAAAAUGAAUGAUGGUAUAAAUCAAA